CGUUCAUGAAAGUUGGUGCGCGUGUUUGCGCAGUGAUUUAAUUGAGUAAAUAGUUCAUAAAAUUUACCGAUAUGCUGAUCGCAGAGGCGUGGAAAGCGGGCUACUUCUUUUGGCUGCUCCCAGCACUGAUGCUUCUCGGUCUAAUAGCUUUAAUUUUUGGAGUCAUCGGACUCCUUAUCAUCGUCAGAUUCUACGCUCAAUACACCUGCGGAAGGUACAGAGCGAAUACCAGAAUGGACGGAAAAACUGUAAUAGUCACAGGAAGCACGAGUGGCAUAGGAAAAGAAACUGCUAAAGACCUGGCCAAUAGAGGAGCAAGGGUCAUUAUGGCUUGUAGAAAUAUAGGAGCCGCUGACAAAAUUAAAGAACAAAUCAUCGAUGCAACAAAAAACUCGAAUAUUGUAGUAAAAAAAUUGGACUUAAGUUCUUUUGCAUCUAUUAGAGCUUUUGCUGAAGACAUCAAUAAAAAUGAACAACGAUUAGAUGUCUUAAUCCACAACGCAGGUUACGCAGAAACAUUUAAGAAAGCUAGAUCAGAAGACGACAUUGAAAUGACCAUGGCAACUAACCAUUACGGACCAUUUUUGUUGACGCACCUUUUGAUUGACCUGCUGAAAAAGAGUGCCCCAGCCAGAGUUGUAGUUGUCGCUUCUUCUUUGUACCGUCUUGCUUCAGUUGAUUUAGAAAAUCCUAACCCAGUGGACACUUUACCAGGUUACUUAUACUACGUGUCGAAAGAAGCUAAUAUUUUAUUCACUAGGGAACUGGCAAGAAGAUUAGAAGGAACCGGUGUGACAGCCAACUGCUUGCAUCCCGGCCUAGUAGAUACUGGUAUCUGGAGGAAUGUACCAAUACCUCUCAGUUGGGGAUUAGGUCUAAUCAUUAAAGGCUUCUUCAAGACCCCAAAGAAAGGUUGCCAAACAUCAGUCAUGUUAGCCGUUGAUGAGAAACUUGAGAAGGUCAAUGGAAAAUAUUUUUCGGAUUGUCAAGAAAGUUCGUUAUCGGAUGCAGUCAGCGAUAUGUCCAAAGCUAGGAAAUUAUGGGAAAUUUCCGAAAAACUGGUUAAGCUGGAGGAAAAUGAUACAAAGCUGUAAGACUAUAUAAGUACUCCUUUGUUGUAACAUCAGAAAGGUUUUUGUUUACAAAAUUGCUUAUUUAUAUAAUUUGCUAGGUUUUCAGCAUUUUCUCUAUAAAAAUCGUUUUUUGCUGUUAUCAAAUCGAUUAGUGAU